AUGGCUAGUCGUGAUUUCAGUAGAAGUGUACGGCCUACUGACCCGGACUUUGGUGAUCGGAUUCAAAGGUUGAUGGCUAAUGCAGACAGUGAUAACGAUAGUGAUUUCAGCGUGAUCGACGAUUCAGAUGCCGAUCCGGACUUUGUCAUCUCAAACCACGAGGACCAAGUCAUACCAGGAACACCUAGUUCUUCAGAAAGUGAAGAAGAUGAUAUUGUGAAUCUGCAUAAUAAUGUGGACAACAUAAUAAAUGCAGUUGCUGAAGGAAUUGAUCAUCUUCCUGAGUACUUUUUGGAGCGAAUGAAAAAAAAUGAAACCGGGCCUCCAAAUGCAUGGAAAAGUGACCCACCUCCAAGAAAUGUACGAACUCCAGCCAGAAAUAUUAUUUUGACUAGACUACCAGCAAUGAGACCAACUGCAAGAUCUUUAGGCAGCAAUCCUGAAAAGAAAGAAGUCUGGAAACUAUUUUUUGAUGACGAUAUCAUUUCGAAAAUAGUUACACAUACUAACAUCAAGUUGGCAAGUGUUCGGUUGAAUCUUUCAGCAAAUACUAAUCAAAGCAACUACCGAGACACUGACAUGGAAGAAAUUCAAGCUCUCAUUGGCUUGUUACUACUGGCAUCGGUUCUUAGAUCAAAUGAAGAGAAAAUGAAAUCCCUUUUCACUAAAGAUGAAUGCAGUCGCCCAAUAUUUCGUGCGACGAUGUCUGAAAAGCGCUAUGAGAUACUCAUGGAAUCGUUGCGAUUUGAUGAUGCACAAACACGUGCCCAAAGAAGAAAUGAUGAUAAAGCUGCUGCUAUUUCCGAAAUAUUUUACAAAAUCAUUUCAAAUAGCCAGGCAGCUUACAGCCCAUCUGAGUUUGUAACAGUAGAUGAGAUGUUGGUUCCCUUCCGAGGGCGUUUUGCAUUCCAAGUCUACAUGCCUAAAAAACCUAAAAAAUAUGGCAUAAAGGUGAUGUGUCUGACAGACGCCAAGACGUCAUAUCUAGUGAAUGCCUACAUCUAUAUUAUACUGGUAAAAACAGCGAUGGCGAAGGAUUGA